UCCAAUCUUCAAAAGAGUCGAAGAAAGCGGAAGAGAAGACGCAAAACGAAAACGAAAAUACACAAAAACAAGAUUAGAGCGUAUUCGUAUACAUCUCAUCACUACAAAAAUACACACACACACUCUCUUCUUUUUCGAAUAGAAAAAAAUAAACAAAACCAAGCAGCACAAAAACGAUUACUCCCUCUUCUUUUUCUUCUUCCUCUUCUUUUUUUCAACUCAACUAUAAACACCACCAAAAACACCAAAACCCUAAUCAUCUCAUUUCUAGAACCUUCGAUCCAAUUCAUUUACCCGAAUCCACAGAUCCAUCAACUCUGGCGGGUAUUCGGGUCAAGUAAAUGUCGGAUCCACCAAUCCGCUUCAACGUUCAUCAUUCACUUUCGUUUACUCUAAUAGGUUUAAACUCUCGCCGCCGUGAUUCAUCACUACCGCCGCCGCAGCGAACAAGAAAUUAUUACUGAAGCAUGCUUACCGUGGUGCGUGUGCACCUUCCUUCUGAUAUUCCCAUUGUUGGUUGUGAACUUACUCCUUAUGUUCUUCUUCGCCGUCUUGAUACAACCGUUACUACCGAUGAUGUUCUUGAAACUUUUCCUUUAGACGGCCAUUUCUUGCGCUACAAGUGGUAUCGUGUACAUAGUGAUAAAAAUGUUGCUGUAUGUAGCAUACAUCCAUCUGAAACGGCCACAAUACAGUGUGUAAGUUGUAUUAAGGCCAGAGUACCCGUUCCUAAAAGUUACCACUGCACCUCAAAGUGUUUUUCAGAUGCAUGGCAGCAUCAUCGUGCCUUGCACGAUCGUGCUGCAAAUGCGGUUAAUGAAAAUGGAAAUGAGGAGGAUGAGGCAUUUGGGCGCUUUAAUAGUUCUGUAUCUUCCUCUGCAUCAAGUGCUAGCUUGACAAAUGGGUAUGCAGCUCCUAUGUAUCCAGCAUCUAUAAAAAAUGGCAGUGAAACUUGGUUCGAAGUUGGACGAUCUAAGACUUAUACCCCGUCUGGUGAUGACAUUGGUCAUGUCCUUAAGUUUGAAUGUUCUGUUGUUGACGCAGUGACAAAGUUACCCGUGGGACAAGUUAACACUUUACUAACUAAUCGGGUCAUAACUGCUCCUUCACCUGUUCCGCGCCGAGUAAUACGUGUUGAUGGGAUGGGGCAUUUAGAUCUAGAUAGGCGUAUGACAUCUUUGGGAACUUUUACUGUUAUGUCAUACAAUAUUUUGUCCGAGACAUGUGCCUCAAAUGAUCUGUAUAAUUACUGUCCUCCAUGGGCACUUUCUUGGCAAUAUCGCAGGCAAAAUUUGUUACGGGAAAUUGUUGGUUACUGUGCAGACAUUAUUUGCCUUCAAGAGGUUCAAAAUGACCAUUAUGAGGAAUUUUUUGCUCCUGAAUUGGACAAACAUGGCUAUAAUGGUCUUUUCAAGAGAAAAACAACUGAGGUAUCCAGUGGCAACACAAUUGAUGGUUGUGCGACAUUUUUCCGCAGAGACAGAUUUUCCCAUGUGAAGAAAUAUGAGGUUGAGUUCAAUAAGGCUGCACAGUCUUUAACAGAUGCCAUGAUUCCAACCACUCAGAAGAAAACUGCCUUGAAUCGACUGGUCAAGGAUAAUGUUGCACUAAUAGUGGUUCUAGAAACAAAAGUUAACAACCAACCAGUUGAUAAUCUCGGGAAAAGGCAACUUCUUUGUGUGGCAAAUACACAUGUGCAUGUCCAGCAAGAUUUAAAAGAUGUCAAACUGUGGCAGGUGCAUACUCUCUUAAAAGGGUUGGAAAAAAUAGCUACAAGUGCAGACAUUCCAAUGUUGGUUUGUGGAGAUUUUAAUUCUGUUCCAGGAAGGUAUGAUGAAUUGUUUCUCAACAUGUUUCAUUUUAUUUUGCAAGGGUUAUUUAUUUGUUUAUAUAAAGGUUAUUCUGAACUUUGUUGCAGUGCUCCUCAUUCACUUCUUGCAAUGGGGAAGGUAGACCCAUCACAUCCUGAUUUAACUGUUGACCCACUUAAUAUUUUACGUCCUCAUAGCAAGUUGGUUCAUCAUUUGCCACUGGUCAGUGCAUACUCGUCUUUUGCAAGAACAGUAGGUCUUCCAUUUGAGCAGCAUAAAAGGAGACUGGAUGGCGGAACAAAUGAACCUUUAUUCACAAGCGUCACUAGAGAUUUUGUUGGCACUCUAGACUACAUAUUUUACACAGCGGAUUCAUUGGUUGUGGAUUCAUUAUUGGAGUUAUUGGAUGAGGAAAGUUUGAGGAAGGACACUGCACUUCCUUCACCUGGAUGGUCCUCAGAUCAUAUAGCUCUCUUAGCUGGGUUUCGCUGCUGCAAGAGUAAGUCUAGGCAUUGAUACUUUAAGGUCAGAUCCAGAGACACAUAAAGCAAAAGGCUGAAAGAAUCAUUUGGUUAGAAGUGUUAUUGUAAGAAUGGUGGAUCAUGCAUGUAUUUUCCAGGUAUCUCCAAUGUGGGAUCCUUGCAGUGAUCUGCUUUGUAUCAUGUUACCUUUACUCAUAGAAAAAUUAUGAUCAUGCCUUGUUACUUCCUUUUUUAUCCCUUUCCCUCCAAACAUCCCCCUCUCAAAUAUUUUUCCCCCUUCUAAAGGAAAUUUUUUCUUCAAA